AACUCUGCCUCUUUUGACAGGAUCAAGAAAGCAUCAUCUUUUUUUUUAUAUAUCUUUAACAAUGUACUUUUAUAUCCAACCAGCAGCUACUUUUGAUUAUCCAUCCUUGUCUUUGGACGACUAUGCUCAACUUCAUCGUCUCCUUCGUCAAGAAAGACAAGCUGCCAUGUACCAUGCACAGCAGCAACGCCGUAUUCAAAGGGCUUUAUACAACCUUGAAGUCAUGACUGAACUCUAUCGUCGUCGUCAAGAAGAAGAGCGCGCUAUCCGUGCUUACUAUGAGCAAAAAGAGCGCCAACGUCAAGAAUUGAUUCGUCAACAGCAAUUGAUUCAACAACAGCAGCAGCAACAACGAUAUCUUGCUGCCUUGGAAGAGCACUACAUGAAUUAUUAUUAUCCUCAAAAGCAUCAAGAGCCCUUUGUCCAUCAUUCGGCAUUCUAUCAAGAGUCAGAACCUGAAGAGGAGGAAGAUGAAGAUGAUAACGAAGACGUCCGUACUCAGCAAUUGGCUGCCUUGGUUAAAUUGAUCUUUGGUGCUCAAGAUGAAACGACAAGGCAUGAAAGACCUACUCAUGAUGUACCUCUAUGCAAAGAGCCUCAAUUUGGUGAAGCUAAGCAUGAUGAAGUUAAACAUGAAGAACCUGAAACUGCUAUGGAAGAAGCAGAACCUCAUGGUGACAUGGCACUGGACGACACGGAAAUUAAAUAUACCAAUCACAGUUCCGAUAACACUAAUGAUCCCAUGGAAGAAGACUUGGAUGACGAAAUGACUUCUGCUGAUGAAGAUGUUCCUUCCCUGAUAGAACCUACUGAAAACAUCAAGGGCCUCGUGAGCGAGAUCCUCGACGCUUCAGAAGAAAAUCAUUCAGACUUUUCGGUGUUUCCUGAAGAAGAUCCCGUGAAACUUGCCAAGUAUGAAGCUCUGAGUCGGAUAGAACAAGAAUUGAAAGACAUACAACAAAAGCAUGAAAAGCAUAUACUGGGCAAUACACUUGAUUUCCCCAUGUCAAGCGAUGGUCGACCUUUAUCACCUGAUGCUCUCACUGCAACUACUGCUAAUAACCGAGAAUUCCUUGGGUAUGAAGACGAAAUAAUGAAGGUACUGCUAAAGCUUGAUACAAUUGAAUCUGAUGGGGAUGAAGAUAUUCGAAAUGAGCGUAAAAACUUGGUGAAGCAAGCAGAAGGUCUGUUGGGGACAUUAGAUGAAUAUAAACAAAGAGAAUGGGAACGAGUGAGUAGCGCUAGUGAAGAUGAAGAUGCACUAUAACAACAUUAUCCUUUUAUUCUUUGUAAAUAAUAUAGAAUAUACAUAUAAAAUAAAUAAAUGAUUGUACACUUUUUCCUGUAACUAGAAGACUACUGAAUAAACAAUAGCGUCUUGUUCAUCCUAAACAACAUGCCUUUUUUUUUUGUUACAUUUUUUGAUUACAAGUGAUUCGUCACUCCAGUUUUCCAGAGCGUAUUUGAGAUAAAAGAUGCCCCUUUCGGGCUCAUCUACGGCUUGUUCAUCUACUAUUAUAGAUGAAGUACAAAUUUCUUUUAUUGUAAUAUAUGCUGUUUGUUUGGUAUUUCCAUUCGGUUUUCUGUGGAAUCCGAUCCCAAGGUACUCUAUGAAUACAAACAAAAUCAUCAACAUACAAGUUCACAUUCAAACACUCCUACAGGGUUCUCAAUAAAUACUAU